GAGCAUCCAACUGGGCAAUGACGUUUCUGGUUUGAACAUCACCCGACACACACUUGAAUAUCCCCGCCUCAAUCCCGACCCUUGCUGCUUCCACGAACGGGCCCUUGCACGACUUGCCUCCACGCAACCGCCGGCUGACGCGAUAUAUACUGCAGUGCUCGUUUUCGCAGUCGCCGCUUUGUCCCGCCGCUGUCGCCAUGACGACAGACGCCUGAUGCCGUUCGACAGUUGCCCGACCUAGAAUCUCGUUGCCUCAGCGCCACGGCGCCAAACCCCCCGCCGCUCCCCCCGCGUCCCGCGCGCGCGUCACAUCGCCAUGUCGACGGCCUCGCGAUCCUCGUACCAUCCCAGCCGCCGGAUCGGCAGUGUGCAGAGCACACGGGAUGACGAGCUCCUUGGUCGCACCUCGUCGAGGGCCCGCGCGUCGGUGCCCGUCAGCUACGAUGAAGCCUACUCGUUCGCCCUGCGCAUUGCCUUUCUUCGCUACCUGCUCCAACCCCGGAAGAAGCGAAAGGAAUAUGUCAGCGCGCCGAAACCGCCCCCGCGCGCUCACACGUCGAGCAUCAGCGAACUGGUGAAGGAACUCGUCCCCACCGGCUCGGCCUCGGUGAAGCUGCCCUCCGGUUUCCGUCACGCCCUCGAGAAGCGCAUGUCCGGCGUCCUCCAGGGUAUUGAGAAGAUGCCCGGAUACAGCGACGCCGCGGUGAAACGGACCUUUGCCGAGGCCUACACUGCUUUCACCGCCAAGGACUUCCAGAAAGCCAUCGACAAGGACCGCAAGGUGGAGCCUCUGGUCCUGAUAUUCUAUUCUUCCGCUGCCAAGGCCCAGGGGCGAGGCAAGCCUGCCGACGACCACUCGUGGAAGGUGCUCGUCGACAGACACUUGGCCAUGUUCGUCAGGCUGCUCAGCAGCAUUCUGCGAGAGAAGGGCGAUGUCGAUCUCGUGGCCCGUCUGAACACGCUCGAGAAGAAGCUCAUGAGCAACGACCAGAAUCUCUACCUGGACACGGGCCAGGCUGACCAUUCUUACGUCGAGGUGGAGAUCCCCCUGUCCUACGAGGUCAAGGACAUGCAUAUGGUGCAGCUGGUCGCCAAGAUCUUCGGCGUGACCAACUCCCAGGUCCAGGCCGACAUCGACGCAAACGCGUCCGCCUGGACGGAGGAGGCCGCAUUGAAAGAUUACAAGGCGUAUCAGUUCAGGCUCUCGGCCGGCAUGGCCGGAACCCUGCGAAAAAGGGACUUCGAUGUGGACGAUGCCUACGAGGAAUGGAGAAAGGGCGAAGGUCCGCACCUGGCCAGCAUCUUCGCCGAGAUCCUGAGCGUUCGCCCAGAUCUCAAGGGCGGUGGAUCCGGCCCCGGCAACGACAAGCCGCUGCCCCUUCGGCCCCAGUCCAUGUACGAGGAUCAGGCCUACGCGGACCUGAGCAGGAUGCUCUCCAACCCGGAGUCUCCCGUGAACAGCCUCGACCCUUCCUUCGCCUUGGGCUCCCUCUCCUUAGACGACACGACCAGCAUCAGGAGCGUUGACGAGCCGAACUACACCUUUAUUCCCCCCGACCCACGCGCCGUUUACAAGGUCAUUCUCCAGUAUGUCGUGUCGUACGACCAGCUUCACUCGGAUACGUCAGUCUCGCCCUUGUCGGAGGAGACGACGGACUUCUUGGUGGAGCUCGCUGUGCGGUGGCGGAUUCCGCAGUUCUCCCGAUAUGUCGUCUUCGUCGAGGUCGCGACGCGCAAGUUCCUUGACCAGGAGCUGCCCCCCGAGCAGCUCUACGCCUGCCUGGACCUCGUGAAACAGCCCCUGGAGGAACCAAAGAAGCCGGUGCUCAUCCAGAUGUACACAUCAGGCUUGAGAGAUAUCGACCCCAGCAGAUGGACCGUCGUUGACUUCGCAGGCUACCAGCAGUCUCUGCGCGACCUCCAUGAUGCUCUUCUGCGGGAUGUCUACAGUCUGCUGACGCACUGUUACGAGCCGAAGCCGCCAACCAUUGGCGUCGUCAUGGCUUUGCUCAACGACCACGUCUACACCGAAGAAUCCUUCUUCUCGCCACGACCCGAGGACAUGGCCGAGUUCGCCCAGCAGCUUGACAGCGGGCUCCGUCAACAAGCCACACAGGCGUACAGGGACCUGCUCGAUUCGAAUAUUCCGCGGAGCCAACGAGACUGGGAUUUCGGACAUGCAGUCAAUCUGGGAAAAGCCGUCGUCAAGCUGGCCGACACGAUCAAGAAACGCUACCGGAAGAACCCCGAAAUCCUGGGCGCCAGCCCAUUCAGGGCUUUGGUCGAGACGACGCUCCCGAGCUUCGAAGAGGAUUGCCACGAGAUCAUCAAGCGCGUCCUCCAGAUGGCCAAGGAGACGGGCGUGGAGAUCGAGCUCCAAGAUGGGUUCGACUUAUACAAGGAGCUCGUCGAGAUCAGGAAGAUGCACGUGGAGGCGCUCCCGGGCAAACCGUUCGCCUUCCACAUUGAAGGCCUCCUCGAACCCUUCGUCUGGCGGUGGAUCAAGAACGUCGAUGACAAGAUGCCUGGCUUCGUCGACGAGGCGAUCAAGCAGGACCAGUUCAAGGUCCGGACUCGCCACGAAGGGGACAUACCAACCGACGACGAGCGCCACAGUGUGUCCAUCAUCGAUAUCUUUUCGCUCUUCAACCAGACGACCGAGCAGCUGCUGCAGCUUGAAUGGGGUGACGAGGUUCACGUAGCCCGAUUCAUGACGGCUCUGGCCAAGUCGUUUGCCGCGGGUAUUGGCCGGUACUGCGAGGUUGUGGAGCAGCAGUUUGCCAGAGAGAUGGACCGGCAGAGCGCCCAGGACGCGGCCGCGUCGUCCAAGACCACGCAAGAAAGGUGGCUGAAGUACGCGAAAGAUGCCUGGAAUACCAAGGAGAAGAUCGAGCCUUUCCAGUUUUACCCGCAGUCCUUCGUGAAAUUCAAUAACAUUGAAUGGGCCAUGCAGGCAUUGGAUAAGCUGGAGAAGCGGAUGAACGUGGACGCGUGCGCCGAGGUGCUCAGCAGACUUGAGGGGCCAAAACCGGCGGGCAGGAAGCCAGCCCACUACGUGUUCACGGUCAAGAUCGUGGAGGGCGAGGAGCUGAAGGCCUGCGAUCCGACGGGGACAAGUGAUCCCUACGUCGUUCUCUGCGACGAGUACCAAAAGCGGCUGCACAAAACGAGAGUGAUACCAGGGACGCUCAAUCCGCGAUGGGAUGAGUCGGUCGACAUCACCGUGUCUGGGCCGCUCAACCUCAUCGCGACGAUCUGGGAUCAUGACGUGAUCGGAGAGCACGACUUCGUCGGGCGAACUUCCUUGAAGCUAGAUCCGGUGCAUUUCAGCGACUACUUGCCGAGGGAGUUCUGGCUGGACCUGGACACGCAGGGCAGGAUCCUGAUCAGGGUCAGCAUGGAGGGCGAGCGUGACGAUAUCCAGUUCCACUUCGGAAAAGCCUUCCGUCAUCUGAAGAGGACAGAGCGGGACAUGGUGCGCAAGGUUACAAGCAAGCUCUCCAUGCACAUCAACGCGUCGCUGUCGCGUGAGGCAUUGCGUGGUCUCCUGAACAAGGGCAUCACGGCCUCGGUGGCCAGCCUUUGGAAAAAGAGACAGUCGCACGCACCGACGGUCACGCCCGCAGAGGUGGAGAACGCGCUGCAGCCGUUGUUCACCUAUUUCGACGAAAACUUCGCUAUCAUGAAGCUGACCUUGACCGACGCCACCAUGAUGUCGGUCAUGACGCGGCUCUGGAAGGAGGUGUUGCUCGCGAUCGAGAAUCUGCUCGUUCCGCCAAUGUCGGACAAGCCAUCGACGCAGAAGCCUCUCACACAGGCCGAGAUGGACAUCGUCUACCGGUGGCUGGAGCUGCUCUUCGCCUUCUUCAACGCCAAGGACGAGACGGGUGAGGUCCUAGGAGUGCCAGCGGAUGUCCUGAAGUCGCCUAAGUGGCACGAACUGGCGUCGCUCAACUUCUUCUACUUCGACUCGACCGAGACGCUGAUCCGCACGUCGGAGCGCAUGGCCGCCGCCAACGCGGAGCGCGCCCGACAACAAGCGCAGCAGGCCCAGCAGCAGCUCAAAUCUGCCACCGGCAAUAACAACCGGCUCUCCGCGGGACCGUCCUCAUCGACGCUCGGCGUGCCGUCGGCGGUCCCGUUCGGCAGCCUCGGCACGAUCCGGCGCGGCAAGAGCAUCAUGAUGAGCCGCAACCUCGGCACGAUGCGGCGGGCCAAGGAGGAGAAGCGGCGCGAGGCCCAGGCGGACCCCAGCGACGACAUGAUCCUGCGCAUACUGCGCAUGCGGCCCGAGGCGGCCGGGUACCUGCGCGAGCGCCAGCGCCAGAAGGAGCGCAUGGCGGCGGCCCAGGCGGCCGCGCUGAUCGUCAGGCAGAGCGUCAACCAGGGGUGGGCGCCGGCUGGGGGUUAUGGCGGGACCGGGGCCCAGGUGCCGCCGGUGCCGCCGGUGCCGGCUUUUGGGGGCGCGUUGUAUGCGAGGGGCGGGGUGCCGAGGCGGUGAGGCGGGUGGUUAGUUAGAUCGCAGGGCAACUCAAGCUGGUGGGUGGGAAGAGGGAUGAUGGUGGGGAUGAAUCAUGAAUCUUACUCAAGUGGGUGGGCGGGAAGAGGGAAGAUUGGGGGAGGAUGAAUUCAUGAAUCUCUUUUUCUUUUUCAUUCUUUAUCGAUACGGACGCCGUUCUUAUUCCCUCAACUUUUCGGUCGGGAUUGUCUGUCUAUUUACUCGGUUGCGCCGGAUUGGGAUGAACAGGAGGGCGUUGG